ACUGUCAUGCCUUGAAUUCCAAAAGUGUACGGAAGUACCGCACAUCUAUUGUGGAUGUUAACAGUGGAGCCCAAAAUCCGUGAUGGUUUCUGCCUUGUUUUUGUGAAAUCUUCAAAGAUACAAUGGAGAGGGACUACUCCGCUACUCCAGAGGAGACCGAGCCGGCUUUGCCUUCGAGGGAUAAAACUACUGAAGACACCUGCGCAGAUAAUUCCCACACCUCCCGGACUGGGACCUGUGGUGCUACAGACGUCGCAAAGGCAAGGUGGACUCUCCUGAGACAGGUGCUGCGACAGAAGCAGAUAGAGAGUCCAGAAGUCAAACAGGUGUCUGUUCGCAGAUUCGCAUCGUUUGAUCUUUUCAGCAGGAAAACACUUUCUACACAAGAUCCUAGUGAUACCUCAGGUGACCAGUGGGUGGAGUACAGAAGUGUCCACUUUCCUGAGUACAGUGCCCUUCUCAGGGAUUACCUGGGGCCUCUUAGAGUUAAUGAAGUGCUCAACAGUUUUGACAACACCGGUAAUGUCUGUGUGUGGCCAUCUGAAGAGGUGAUGGCUCAUUACUGUCUGAAGAAACGUCACAUGUUCAAGGGUGCAGCGUGUGAGUUAGGGGGAGGUAUGACCUGUCUUGCUGGGCUCAUGGUUGCCAUUUGUGCUGACGUGAAAGAAGUUCUGCUAUCAGAUGGGAACGAGAAGUCCAUUCAGAAUGUCCGAGGGUUGGUCGAGAAAAACAGACAAGCUGGAAAGUUUGGUUCAACACAUGUAUCAACCAGGGUGGUCAGGUGGGACAGUGAGUCUGACAUUUCCGCACUGGAGGGUCACUUUGACAUUGUCAUGUGUGCAGACUGUUUGUUUCUCGACCAGUACAGAGCCAGCCUGGUUGAUGCUAUAAGGAGAUUACUGCAGCCAAAUGGCAUGGCGUUGGUGUUUGCUCCUCCGCGAGGCGAUACUCUGACUUUGUUCUGUCAACUGGCGCAGAAGGUCGGACUCUCCGUCUCUCAACACGAGCAGUAUGAUACUCAGGUCAUGGAUGUUCAUUUAAAGAUGCUAAGUGAAGGAAAAGAAGCGUAUGACGAGAACAUCCACUACCCUCUUCUCAUCACCCUGACCAAAGGACCUCGACCUGUCAGCCUCACUCACUGAACCAAAACAAGUGAGCCCACAGCUCCUCAGAGCACCUCUCCACAUGCUGUUUGAUAUUUUAGGUGGAAUGAGGUUAUGUGAACAAUUCAAUCCACAAUGUUUAGUUUGAUCUGUAAAUCCAGUUGUGGGGAUAUUUGAGGUAGUUUUCCCCACAUUGAUGCUUAUUUUCAGAGUGUGCAUGGAUUUGAAGAGUAUUUGAGCGUGCAUGUUUUGUAUUUUGGAGUUUUGGUGAGGCACAACCAAAGGAAGGGCAGCAGAGGGGGAAACUUUAACUGCAGGUGAGGAGUAGGAGAAGAAGAAGCAGAUCAAUUCUGACCUCCGUUUUAACCAUCUUUUAUUUGCCAAACAAUUCAAGUCAGACUCUUGAAUGAUCACUAGGUCAGUUUGCCCUUUAAUCAGUUGGCCAGUCUCUGAAGUGGUUGCCUAAACACUUAAUCUCUGCUUUAAUCAGCCAUGCAGGAAAGUGAAGCACGCUGCCAAACAUCACCUUGCCAGCUGGUCAGGUAUUCAGCCAGUCAGCUUAUCAAUCACCUCAGUCUAUUACCCACCAUCACUCGAGCCAACAAGCCAGUCACUAUUUCAGUUAUUUAAUGGACAUUUCCUGAGUCAUUCCUCCCGUAGGUGUCAGGAAUUCAGUCAUUAACCAGUCAGUAUUAACCUCUGCCUCUGUGUUUCUGGCCCCAGCAUGGAGGCCAGCUCUGAUUCAAUAACUGUCACACACCGUGGAGCCGCUCACACUCUCCUUUGUGUUUCCUUUAUUUCUCUUUGUUCCCUUCCACACAGCGCUAAUUUUUUCCUUCUAUACAACUCAUUCAUCGCAGCCAGAGGUCAGUAUUAAAGGACUUCUUUUGUGCUUUACUUACAACAGAGCAUUAACAUAUUACAGCAUGUUCAGACUGUGGACCGAAUGUUGCUGCACAGGAGCUACAAGCUUGCAGAGUUUGCAGCAAUGUCACCAUGGAUACAAGUAGUUUGAUACAUCACACUGUAAUUUAAUAAUACACUGAUUAAUGGAGUUUGACACUGUUCUUUCUUACUCUUUCCUUAACGAACAUGUUCCACUGUGUCCGCUGAAUAUCAAACAUAUUUGCUAACAGAAGCGAUGUCUCGAGUUGCCUGAUGGGUCAGAGUCAACAGUCAGAGUCUGUGGCAGCUAAAGGCUUGUAAAAUGUCCCCGCUUGAACACAUGCACAUAUCGUUUUAUGAGUCCUACUGCUCACAUUUUUUGACAAGUGACCCAAAUACUGUGGAAUAGAUUUUUAAAAAGAGCUGAUCUCUUUCAUCUUUUCAUUGUUUUCUUCCUCUUAAUGGUCUCUUACCCACAAUGACCACUGGUUCGCUGACAAUCUGCUCCCUUUCUUGCCUUGACCGCAGCUUCUUGUCCAAAGUUCAUGCAUACUGUGUCUAUUUUUGCCCGAGCUGCUCUCAUCUUAAAGUGCGAUAUUCACUUCAGAAUGUCUGUAAAGGAAUAUUGUUUAUCAGCAGAAAAGAAAAAAAAAAUGAAAGGUGCAUUUGUUUGAUAAGUCUUUAAGUAUUACCAACAUUGUUUUUUUCUUGUAUCAGCGCUCUUCUCUGAAGCAGAAGACGUGUUAUGGUUUUUUGAUAAUAUUCUUUACAGAUACUGAAAACACACACAGACAAAGAUGGCAUGCUGUGCUCACUAACUAUAAGUGAAGAUUAAAUGUCUGCUACUGUAAUUUUCAAAUAUGAGCUGCAUCUGUGUGUUAGUAUGCAAGUCAAAAACAGAACAGGCCGGCUGAACAUCUUGAAACAAUGUUAAUAAUAAUAAUCUUUAAAACACUAGUAUUACACAGGCACAUCCAGUAGACGUGUGUACAAUAUUAUUUAAAACUUUUGAGUUCUUGAAUGCUACCCAGUCUCUUCACAAUCUUGAUAGCAAAAACUUCCUCACAUGCCGGACUUUUUCAUGGACCAUUUGCUUCUUGGCUGGCUUUUUUUAGAAAUCAGCUAAAAUGACUUUGUCACUCAGGUGUUUCCACACACAUUUAUAUAUUUCCAGUUUCUCGUGGUUUUAAAGAAACAUCAAGUGUCACAAGGUCUAUCGAGCCUCAAAUUGUGCUUGUACCAGUCAAGUGUUUCCAUAUUUCACUGUGAUAAAUACCUAUUACUUCAGCCUAGAAGCUUUGCAGUGUCUCUCACUGGCUGCUAUUUACUGCACAUUCCUCAUGUUAAAAAAAAUAGUAACAAAAAAAAAA